AUGAGCAACAAAUUCACUAUGGAGUCACCUAAACAUUUGGUGGAUGAUGUGCUUUUCAUGUCACCCACCAACGAUGGAUCAGACGAAAGACCUACAGAGGUCACGUUCCAAGAAGAUGAAGGCCAUGAGGCUAGCUUGCACAAUCGCAACCAUGAAAAAAAGUCAGAACUGGCCACCGAACGAGAAAUCAUGGCCACGACCACGGACGAUGAUGGUAUUCCAUCUCCUUCUCAUCCAAUGGAGAAGCGUGUCCUGCGCAAAAUGGACAUUUAUUUAAUCCCGCUUAUGGGGUUACUGUAUUUCCUUUCCAACUUGGAUAAAUCGAAUAUUGGUAACGCAGAAGUUGCAGGUCUAUCCAAGGAUAUUAACCUUGUGGGGACGCAAUACAAUACAUGUGUCACUGUUUUUUUUGCGACGUAUGUUCUUUUUGACCCCAUUGGUACCAAUCUCCUGAAAAUCAUGGGUCCGCCAUUAAUGAUGAGUAUCUGUUUGACCUGUUUUGGUGCUAUCUCGCUAGGGACCGCUUGGGUAAAGAAUUAUCCUCAGUUGAUCGUGGUCAGACUACUGCUGGGUGCUUUUGAAGGUAUGAUUUAUCCAGCUAUUAACAUGUAUCUUUCCGUGUGCUAUAGAAGAGAACAGUACGCUUUAAGAUUCGCCUUUGUCUUUAGUGCCGCCUGUUUGUCUUCCUCCUUUGGUGGGCUUAUUGCUUACGGUUGUUCCAAGAUCAGUGGCUCUCUAAGAGCUUGGCAAUACAUCUACAUUGUCGAAGGUUGUAUCUCCUUGGGGUUUGUCCCAUUCUAUGCCUUUGGGUUGAGUAAAAAUUUAGAAGACUCAUGGUUUUUCAAUAGAGAGGAAAAGGAAUACAUAUCCGAGAGAUACAAGACAAUGAACACUUUCAACCCGGACGAAAAAUUCGAAUGGUUUCAAGUGUGGCAGGCGGUCAAAGAUGUCAAAACUUGGGCCAGUGCCGUGGCUUUGUUUGGUAUCGAUUUAACUACUUUUGGUCUGACCGUCUUUCUGCCAAUCAUCAUUACCAGCAUGGGGUUCACUAAUGUUAGAGCUCAAUUGAUGACCGUCCCCAUCUACUUUCUCACAGCAAUCGUGUUCUUUGUCUGUGCUGUUUGGUCCGAUCGCAUAAAAUUAAGAUCUCCAUUUAUUUUGGGUGCUUGUUUAACUACUUCGAUUGGUAUUGCCAUCGUCCUUGGUUCUGAAGUUCAUGGUGUGAGAUACUUUGGGGUUUACAUUCUUUGUAUGGGAAUCUACGUUAAUGCUGCCUGUAACUGUUUGUGGUUGAGUGGUAAUACCGGUAACUACUUCAAGAGAGCCACCGCUUUAGGUAUCAAUCUAUUUAUGGGAUCUGGUUCAGGUUUGGUCUCUGGACAAAUUUUUGUUGCUAAAGACAAGCCAAGAUAUAUCAAGGGGCUGUCCAUUAGUUUAGCGUUCCAAGUCUUCUCCAUAUUUAUGACAAUCGUACAGAUAUUUCUUUACAAAAGAGAAAAUGAUAGAAAGAAAGCUAUAAUCGAUCGUUGUAACGAAUUGGGAGAGCCUAUUCCAUACGAUGAAAGAUUAAGCGACAAAAACCCUGAGUUUAAAUACAUGUAUUAG